CUUCACAACACUCUCAUUCGACCGGCUGCUCCUCGACUUGAUCAGCUAAACCUUGCUGGCAGCGUGAGAGCAGUACUAUGACUACGGCUUUUCUCAGAAAUUCUGCAACCUGGAAUGCCAUGCCCAGCAUUUAAAGUUCUGAAGAACUUUGACGGAAUUAGCGAGCACAAUGGGAAAUACUGUGAAAACUCCAAGAGCAUCUGAGGAAACAAACACGCCGAGCCAAACGGGUCAGGAGAGUGACUUCCUUGCUGUUCUCUAUGACUAUCCUUCAGCAGACAUAAGCCAACCUAUAUUUCACGUAGGGGAAAAAUUACGUGUGCUAUCAGAUGAAGGAGGCUGGUGGAGAGUCCAUUCCCUUACAACAGGUCGAGAAAAUUAUAUUCCAGGAAAAUAUGUAGCAAAGGUUUAUCAUGGCUGGUUAUUUGAAGGUCUGGGAAGAGAAAAAGCAGAGGAACUUCUACAGCUACCCAACACCAAGGUCGGCUCCUUCAUGAUCAGAGAGAGUGAAACUAGGAAAGGGUUAUAUUCCUUGUCAGUGAGGCACAGGCAAGUGAAACAUUACAGGAUCUUCCGCCUCCCAAAUAACUGGUAUUACAUCUCUCCACGACAAACCUUCCAGUGCCUUGAAGAUCUUGUCAAUCACUACUCAGAAGUUGCUGAUGGUCUCUGCUGUGUCCUUACAACACCCUGUCUCACCCAGUGCACUAACAACAACACCGUGAUGAAUCCAGUUCCUCCUGUGGUGAUGAGGAAUAAAAAUUUCAGCUGGAGAAACAUUCACAGGCUGGAGGUGACUGAAGAUACCAAAAGUACCCUGGCAGCAAUGGAUGACUCUUGCCUCAGCUAUGGCCUGAGGGAAAGCAUCGCUUCCUACCUCUCCCUAACUGAGGAUGACAACACUUCUUUUGCAAGUGCCAGAAAGAAGAAAUCCCAAUCUCUCAUGUAUACAGGGAGCAAACGUAACAGUAUCCUUCACUUGCCACCUACGUACUAUGACGACUAAAUACAAAACAAGCAGGAAAAAGCCACAAACUGACGAGUUAGGAGAGAAACCAGAGCAUCCUGUGGUCCUCCCAUCCUUCAACAGCUGGGAGAUACAAUCUGCUAAGCUGGUAACCAAAUGCCAGAAUGCUUCUGCAUUUCCUCGUCUAAAGAUCUUCUCAAGGGUGCUGUCCCAGCCAUGGCAUAUGCUGGGAAUGUCCCCAGUGCACCAGAACUGGAUCACAAGCAGGAUAAACUGAGACAGACUCUAAUUCAAAAGCCAAGUGGUGCAGGUGACUGUUCAGCAGGGGCGAUGCCCAGCAUUGUACAGAGGUGACUGCAUAGGGAAGAACUAACUGCAGCUCAAGAGCUUAAAUUAAGACUUACUCUGGUUUUCUCUACAAGGCUGAAAACCUUCUUUACAGAAUCUAUCUACACUGAAAAAAGGAGCAUUUUUCUUCUCAAGAUAGACUUAUCCAUUGUCAUCGAAAAUGGGUCAGAGAGACAUCAAUAACCCCAAGAAAGUAUCUGACAUCUGGCAUCCAAGAAAUCCACACCUGAUUAUAAUGACUCCAUAUUUACCUUUUAGGAGAAAAAAUUUAAAUCACUGACUUUAUAAGUAGCAUUUAAUUCACUUGCUGGCAAUGGCCUGCAGUGUCAUAAAACAGUCACAAAAUUAAGAACAGGUUUAAUUCACAGAGAAAAGCAGUUCCUACUUACACCUGAGAUGGGAGUUCAGGCAUAUCCAAACAUGUAGCUCAGCUGCUCAUAGUAAAGCAGAUAAACAGAGAACAAAGAGGGGUUUAAUUGAAAAGCAAGAUGUGAUGAUAAUGUGCCUAACUGCAAAGGUUGGCUUGGAAAGGUGUGACAUUUUAUGUGUAAAGGGAGCUAUUUUAACUUUGACUUCUGAAGUCAGCCACAUAUUUAUGUAUAAUAUUUAUAUUAAUAGCAGCUUUUAAAAUAAUUAAACUAAGGGAACAAAUCAGUAACAGUGGAUGUUGGAGAUUUUUCCUAAUUUCUUGUCUGACGAGGGUUAUGUCAAAUAGUAAUUACACUUUUCAUCAAAUCACUUAAGGAUUAGAGGGUUUUCUGAAAUUUCAUUUAUUUUUUUUUACCGGUAUGUACCCUUUUCUAAGUCAUAAAAGAGCAAGUAGCAUUUUCACAGAAUUCACAGAAUCACAAGGUUGGAAGAGACCUUCAAGAUCACCAAGUCCAAUCCAUGCCCCAACACCUCAACUAAACCAUGGCACCGAGUGCCACAUCCAGUCUUUUUUAAACACAUCCAGGGAUGGUGACUCCACCACCUCCCUGGGCAGACCCUUCCAGUACUUUCUUUUGAACCUGCUUGUGAUUGCUUUCUAAACCAAGCAGUCACUCUUGUUUGAGUGUGUAAAAUGCUGUCAAGCUGAGAUAGUUUCAUUCCAAUAUUCUCUUGUACCUUUCUGCACAGAUUUGAAUAAUGAAGGUUUUGAAGGUUUGGAGAAAUAGAGAAUUGGAGAGGUUUUAUAUAUAUAUAUAUAUAUAUAUA